AGUUAAUAGGAUUGUGAUCUUUAAAAAGGGAAAAUAAUACUCCAUCCAAAAAUGAACUUAGGAACGAAUAUUCUCAGCAAUCCCGUCUAUAUACAAAACACGCCAAAGGUAGGUUUUUGGUAACUGAAAUGAAACUUUAUGAUCCGACUCUCGAAAAACCCCCGUGAAGAUUUUAACUUGGCUACCACGUAACGAAAAGCCACAUCUCCGAAGCCCAUAUUCGUCAUUUCACCACGGAAUUCCUCCCUUCAUAUUCAAUCCCCCAUCAUUCACCGCGUUCUUUCAUCCCUUUGGGUCUCCGGAAUAUUCUUUACUUCUCUCCCUAACCCAUCUGGAUCCUUUCUUAUUCCCUCUCUGUAUAUCUCCCAACGUUAUUUAUUAUUAUAUAUAAUAGAAACGCCUUCUCUUUUUAUCGAAUUUGAAUUCGAUUUCAUUUCCUAACACUUUCUCUCCCAAUUCUUUCCGCCCGUAUUCUUUCAAUAUAUUACCCUCUGGCUAGUCCUGGCCGUCAAAUUUGAAUAAAUACAUAUUUUGAUGUGUUCAUUUCUUCGUUUGAAUUAUAGAAUUUGAAAAUUUGAUGUAUUUUUGAAAGUAUUAUUGUCCGAUUUUCAUCGGAAUCAGGGUUUUUCGAUAGCUCAGCUGUCCUCCGGUGAAUUCAUCUGAAAUUUGGCCCAAGGUUUUAUGACGGUGGGGGUGAUAAUGGAUUGUAAGGUGUAUUCUACGAUAUCGAGGGACUUGUGGCGGAUGAAACUGGGGUCUUCCGGUGGUGGCGGUGAUAUGGCGACGAUCGGCGGGAGGUUUAGUCCGGAGAGUGAGCAUGACUUGGCGAUGAUGGUGAGUGACUUCUUGGAGUAUGGGAGCAGCGGCGCCGACUCCAGAUACAGCAGCGACAGCGAUUCUGGAUUCUCUGAUACGCCUAACCUGGCGCAGAAAAUUUCUGUGAGUCCUUGCAACAUUUCUGUGGUAACUUUUUUUUUUUUUUUCCUUUUCUAUAUCCUCCUUUUUAUAUAAGAAAUUGUACUUGACUGCUAAUUUCAUUUCAUUGUAUCUUUUGUCGUUUUGCAACUGAGCAGUAUGUUAAAUUUCUUCUCUAUCUAAUUUUCAUUUUAGGUAAUUUUUUGAAGUUUUAUAUUGAAUUGAACAGAGUCAGUGUUUGUGUAGUUCACAAUUUAGCUGGCAAAGAAUUUUGUAUGAUGCUAAUGGUCCAAACAGCUUGAAUGAUGUUACUUCGAUUGCUCUAUCCCGUCUGUUCGUUUUUUAAAGCUGAGACGUGCAGUUAUUUAGAUUAUUUAUGCUUAAUUACAUUUUUUCUGGAAUUAUACUCUCUGGAAUCGAGUAGGAAGAUAUGUUGUCCUGCAAUUUAGUUGAAAUGAAGAUUUCCUAAACCUUAUAAGAUGAUCAGACCUUGUCCAGCUCUGUGUAAUGGCUAUAUUUUGGUUAAUGCAUCCAGCCGUUUGGUAUGAUGCGUAGAUGUCAGUAGUAUGGAAAAAUGCAAAAUCAAAAUUCAUUUAUGUGCACAAUACAGUCAGAGUAUUGCUUAUGAAAUUUUGCAUGGUCUUUGUUCAAAUCCUCUUUUGAAUGUAUCUGGAAUGUGGCAAAAGAGGCCUGUCCACAAUGUUAUCACCUAGGCUGAGGCCUAACAGUUGUGGCUUACUUUCUUUUUUUUGCACAAUUAUGCAGUAUCUCAAGUUGGCAAUGGAUCAGUACGAGAGAGACUUGCUUUCAGUUGUUAAUUCGCUUCUGUUGUCUAUUCAAGAGUCAGAUCUGCGGCAUACAAUGUCAAGUCCGUGCAAUGAUAGCUGUAUACGAUUUUCCCUGGUCAAGCUUUUGAGGUUGUCUGGCUAUGAUGCUGGUGUUUGUGCAGCCAAGUGGCCUGGAAGUAACAAAGUUCCUGGAGGGGAUCAUGAAUACAUUGAUGUGGUCAGCCACAAUGACACUGGAAGCCCUGAGCGUCUGAUAAUUGAUAUUGACUUCCAUAGCCAUUUUCAGAUAGCUAGAGCUGUUGAAUCAUAUGAUAGAAUAUUGGCUUCACUUCCUGUAGUUUAUGUCGGAUCUUGGAACAAGAUGAAUCAAUUUCUUCAGGUGAUGGUUGAAGCUGCAAGAGCUUCACUAAAACAGAACUCAAUGCCUUUUCCCCCAUGGAGAUCUCUAGCUUAUCUGCAGGCUAAGUGGCAGAGUCCCUAUCAGCGAAAGCUCAGUCCUGAUGAACAAAGUUUUUCUGGCACCAAUUCCUUUGAGCACAACCAGUGUGGUGGACACUUGAAGAGACUGCAAUCUGAGAUUGAAAUUAAGCGAAUGUUGAAGCCUGUGAACAAUAGCUGGAGGCCAAAGCUUGACAGGCUGAGGCAGUCCUCAUAUAGGACACUUUGAGUUACAAAGUUCUUGCUGGGGUUAGUGAGUUCGGUUCUUCGCUUCUAGUGUAACAGCCAAGGCUUUCAAACAGGGAGUUUCAGUUUUCCAACCAAAUUCGGAAAGUUUCCGUGCACAGUCAAAGAGAUGUUACAGUUUUGUUGUUUUGCGGCCAAGUUUUUUGUUAAGAUUCAUUGCAGAGUCGGAAUAAGAGGGAUGAUAUAUCCAUAUACCGGAGACCAUAAUAAUUCCACGCGACAUAGUAGUGGUAAAUUUUUCUUUUUUCCCCUUCCAUCUGAUACUGUAGCUUAAUAUGAAAUUUUUCAUUCUUUAUGCUCCUCAAGAAAGCAAGAAGACAAGUUUACUUGACUACCGAUGGAUGUCUAUGGGUUUUAGUGGUAUGGAUGUCCAGUGAAGUGGAUAUGCUGAUUGAUGGAGCACUUGAUAUCUGUGGUUUCAAUUGUUUAGUUUCUUCCCACUUUGUAAGUGGCAAAUUUUGGUGUGUUUACCACGGCGUGUUUUCAUCUCAAAUGUCAAAUAUGAGCUGCUUGUAAUAUUGAAAUUACUGUACUUGUAUGAUUUUGGCUGUGGUCAAAUGAUUCAUUUGGCCGAAUCAAAGUCUGCUGUCUUUAUUGUUUACAAAAUCUUAUCAAGAAGCGUUGCUGAACAGAUAAAACCGAUCUUGUUGGGUUUCAGUUCUUUCAUCUAUAUUGAGUAUGGUCACUGAGCGGUUUCAGAAAUGCAAUUUUGUCAGCAUUUACACAUCCAUGUAGUUCUUAGUGAUUGUAGUAUUGUAAGUUCCAAGGAUGAAGAGGGGCGCAUCAGUUACAUGCAGUCUUAAUGUUCCUGACAGAUUAUCUCCUAAUUCGUUACCUGGUCAAAUGUAACAACAUCAAAUGCGCUGAUUAAGGUCCUUAACUUUUGUGUGUAAAAAGGUCCUUAA